GACAUUUUAAGAGCUCAUAAUUUGCGCCUCCAUUGUCUUAAGCGUAAAUUGCUUUAAGUUGAUAUGAAACUUAAUUUGGAGUUUGCACAAGGUGUCCUGGCGUCGAGGCAGUAGGGCGCGAGGGUCCAGGCUGGUGAUGGAUGCUGGAUAAUGGGAGAGUGUGGGAUCAAUGGUGGCAGUGUGGCUAGGCCGGGCACUGCUCCCUAGGCCGCCCCUCGCUCCCGCCGCCCUCGCACGCUCAUACACGCACGUCAAAUCCAAACGCUCAAAACCUGGCGAGAACAAUUAGGUGUGCAGUAUAAUGUCGUGAGGUGAGGGCAGGCCAUCAGUGAGCCGCGGAGGGCCGGCCAGCAGGCAGCAGGGACCCACGCUGGCCGCGGCGCCGCUCGUCUGCUGCCACCCAGCGCGAUGUAAACAAAACCGCUGUGCGUCCUCCUCACUCUUCUCUUCCCAUCUUCAUCUACCUCAUGUUACAGCUCGCGGCGUAGCUCACCAGUCAUGUCGGGGGUGGUGGCGGUGCAUGUAGGAGCUGGAAGUCACUCCUCUUCCCUCAAAGGAGAAUACAAAACGUUAAUGAAGAAUGCGUGUCUUCAGGCUAUUGAAGUCCUGCGAGGGGGAGGGAAUGCAGUGGACGCCGUGUGCACCGCAACGCAGGUCUUGGAGGACUCGCCACGCACCAACGCUGGGUUUGGCUCCUCCCUGACAGCUGAAGGCAAAGUAGAGUGCGAUGCCAGCGUGAUGGAUGGCCAUACCCUGCGGCACGGUGCGGUGGGGGCAGUGCCAGGCGUGAGGAACCCUGUGUUGCUGGCCAGACAAAUCCUCGAUGCUCAAUCUCAUCCUCUCCCAGGUGGCCUUGUUCCCCCGAGCUUCUUGGCAGGUCCCGGGGCGCAGGUUUGGGCUGCCUCAAACAACGUGGAGACCUGUCAACCGGAGGACCUGGUGGCGGAGCGGUCGCAGCGCAUUCACGAGGAGAGCAGAAGAAACAUUCAGAGGCUGGAGGAGGGAGGGACCAAGAGGCGGAGGUAUACACUGCCGGAGGAGGAAGAGGAAAUGCAGGGUGGUCUCUUGGACACUGUGGGGGCCGUGUGUGUGGACAGCUCGGGCUAUGUGGCGAGUGCUGUGUCCAGUGGGGGUCUGCUGUUGAAACACACGGGGCGGGUGGGCCAGGCAGCUGUGUAUGGCUGUGGCUGCUGGGCGGAAAACAACUGUGAUGGCAGCGGUGUCAGCAUAGGAGUGAGCACCACGGGCUGCGGAGAGCACCUCAUCCGUACCAUGUUUGCGCGCCUGUGUGCCCGCGCCGCCAUCGCGCCGGAGCUUGGGACCAACAUCACCCACGCAGUCACCACCCACUUCCUUGAAAGUGAAUUUUUGGAGGGUGUUCACCCUAGAAUGGCUGGAGCGCUGAUCCUCCGCUACGACCCUCAGGCAGCCAUGAGUGACCUGUACUGGCUCCACACCACCCGCACCAUGGGGGUCUGCUACAUGACCACCAACGACCGCAAGCCACAGGCCCAGUUUUCAGAACUUGCCGAGGACAAGAUUGGCAUUUCAGUUAAUCUUCAGUGCAAGUCCUUUGGAGGAGGCUUGCCCAUCACCACCGCAGGGGAGAUACAGCCGGGGCCAUCCCACAUUGGCCUGCUGGUGCCGGGGCAGGAAGAAGAAGAAGAGGAGGAGGAGGAGGAGGAGGAGAGGGAGAAGGGUGAAUCUAGCGACGAGGAAGAGGAGCCAGGGUAACAGAGCUGAUGUAAGGUGGGAUCAAGGAGUUUAGCUCAGAAACACAGGACCGAGGGGCCUCAUCCCACCCAUUGACAAGGUAUUACUUGGAUGUUCUUGUUUCAAGUCAGGACAGUUGCUACUCACAUUUUUUUGUCGGUGUGAGCAUUUCUGACCCUUCCAAGCAAAAUUAUCCAAGACUUUCUUAUUACACAGAGGUAUUACAGCAUGAUACCUGCAAAAGACCACAAAACAGUGCAUUGAUAUUAACAGAUGUUAGAAGGCUAAGAAGACCUAUACAGUUAAAUUGACCGCUGUAUUUAUAUUUGAAGUAAUGUGUGUUCUUCCUGACCCUUGUUACGAGGCCAAGCUGUGGAGUGACCUUCUUGCUCUUCAGGGUACAUACAUGCCGCAAGGUUGGCAUCUUUAAUAUUAACUUAAUGUAGCAUUAAGGCUCAUCACAACUGUCACUGCCAAAUGUGCACAGCCACUUACCAGUAUUUUCUCAGCAUUUCCAUAGCAACACUAAUUUUCUGGAGAGUGCAUUACUAGCCUGUGGUAGCUGAAGGUAGACUACUAGGCAGGCAACCUGGGACCAUUUAGCAGGACACUCAACGCAUGGUGUUGUGUGUCAGGCAGUGUUCAGCAGGUGCCCAGAAGCAUGUGUCUAGGCUGGGCAGGACCUUAGGAGCCUUACAGUAGGAAGUCCCUCGGCCCAGUACAUGUAGUAGGCUUGACUGCCACAGUGUGUCUCACUCAUGUACCACAGGCACCUCAACUGCCACACAGGAACCAAACACUACCUCAGUUGUGCCACCAACCAACAGUCCCUCGCUGCCCUUUCCUCAUCCGGCCGCCCGUGCAAACCAAGCUCCAAACACACCUAAACCAAGCUAAUCCCUUUGCAUCUAGUAUUGCUGGAGACCUUGUCCACAGCAUUGCUUGCACACACUAAUUUAUCCAGUCAGCUUGUGGAGACUCUCAGGAGCAUGCAAGUUGGUGUACAGGAGUGUUUUGUGUGCAGCAAACUAGGCAGCUAUUCAGGGCGGAUGAGCGAAGGUCACCGAGGGUCUGACCUGCUCAGGGUGGGCUCGCUACAGUGUAUGAUGUAACUUCUUGCUCAUGCUGCUACGACUCGUGCUCUUAUUACUCCUAAGUGAAGAUCUAUGUUCAGGGUCUUCAUCGCAGAUGUUCUGUCUGUACCUCUUAAGAUUUCUCAAGAAGCAGUUCAUCGUGCAGAUGACUGAAAAAGGCAUAUGUAAUGGCGGCUGCCUCGCCACAGCGACAGUGUGUGCUCGUGGUGUUUGGUGCUGCCAUGUCUUAUUGCUUCCCUCUAGCAACUAACUUAUAAUAGUUAUAGAUUUUUAUACAUUCCAUAGGCUGUCGAUGCACACUCGUUACUCUGUGUCCCGUUAGUAAGUCAGUGUGUGUGCCGUGCGCCGCGCAUCAGCAGCAGCAUCUGUGUAUUGUUCCUCCUAGUCUUGCUCACCCUGAGUCCCACCAAGUGCCUGACAAACCACUUUACCUCAAAAAUUUCCAUAGUAACUCAUUCCAGUGGACCCAUAUCAGGAGUUUUGUUGUGCCCUUACCUAGCCAAGGGUGGGGAGGGGAGGGUCUGGCCACUCAGCUACAGUAUGAGGCUACAUGUUCUGUUUUAGGGAGUGGCAGACCUCUCCACCAAUCCACCCACAAUAGUCAGCCUCUGUCAGUUGUGGUUGGAAUUUUACAGUGCUUAUUCAGAGUACUUAAUUAUCUUACUUAGGAAUGCUAGCAGCCACUCCAUAACCAGCCAAGUGUCUCUGGUUGGACGCACUAAUUUCCAACCACCGUCUUUGCUCACAGACUUUAAUGUGUACGUACCUUGUUUGCCCUUCCUCCUUCCUCUGUUCUCAGUGGCUGUAGCUGUAGUAGUAGUUCAUAACUGUAGACUCUUCUGCUUAACUUUACGUUAGUCAUAAGCUCAAUUGGGUAAUUGGCCCUCUCUGUGUGUGUACAUUUAGGUACGAAGGUGUCAGAGUUCAAAGCAUGCCAGACGGAGUCCAUCAGUAGGGUGGUGUUUGGCCUUGGCAAUGCCAUCAGGGGGGAGGGAGCCACCACCAGCUGCCUCACUGCCACUGAUCCACAAGUUAAAGCUAAAUGGUUUCCUUCUCAUGGCAACAUUGAGUGGUCUUUAUAUUCCCAUUGUGGGAGUGGCCAAAUGUUCUUUUUGUAAGGAUAAUAGUUAAUACUCAGCAUUUCCUUUUUUUAACUUUUGAUUUUUACUCAGUGAUGUGUCACAGUGACAUUCGGUAAGGUGGCCUCUCCUCCUGAGUGUGUAAGAAGUAAUCAAACGCCGCGUCACUCAGUAUUGUCAGCAGGACUGCGGCCACCACCUGCAGUGCCACUCGGCUGGAGUGAGUGAGGCAGCCCCUCAAGAACUGGCUCUAAGAGAUGUUGGUUACCAUUCUGUGUUAGGAUUUCAAAAUUCAGUUGUCUGUCUUGUAGCAAUUCAUGAGCUGCAAGUAAAGGAUCCAGAUUUCCAAAGGCUGGAAAAAUUUUAUAUUACUUUUGUUACCAUUGAGUGUAAGGUAUGAAGCAGGUAAGAAUGAGUUUUGUAGUAGUUGACAUGGUAAUGAUUAGUGUGGUAGGAGUCUCUGCCUUCAUGUUAGAGAACCUACACUUGUGAAUUGCUUUAUCUAACUCUUCUUUCAUAUAAACUUUUUUUUUCUUUUUCUUUUUUUUUCUUUUUUCUGUGUACAGGGAAUCUGCAAUUUGUCAAUAAUGUUUGUGUUGUGUACAUGAACAACUUCCAGACAUUGCGUCACCCAGAGCUUCUUUGUAUUGUAGACUCCAUAUGAAUGGUAAUACACAUGCUCUUAGUAGCCGAAGUAACAGAGGACUGGCUGCCUGCUGUUCUGCCUGACAGGUAUCAGCGUCUGUUGGGAGUACACAAGACAUUUAAAUUUUGGUCUGAACAGAAGUUGUAUCAGGUGUCGUACAUUUUUUCCUCAUAAGUUGAGAGAUGCAGUCCUGGGAUGUUUUGAUCCAUUGACGGCAUAGCAUUGAGGCGCCGUGCUUUUAGAUUUAGAUUACCAAAAUUUUGAAGUUUCAUCUACCUGUGAAAUAUCAAUGGAGUUAUAUUUCAUCAGUUUUGAAAGCUCACUUGUUAGUUAACAAUACUUUAGUAUAAUUUUAGCAUAAUAAGUUCCCACCAUACUUCGGUUUAAAGGAUAAUGUGUAAGUUUUCCUGUAAAGAUUAUUUAUUGCAACUUCAGCAACAUUUAGCAGCCAGACAGUCUUGAGGGGGCCGGCAGGACCAGUGGCGUGCCGUGUGCUCACCCCCGAGGCCCAUCACAGGACAGCAAGACCUGUGCCCAGAUUGUCUCGGCUUCAUGUUUGAAGUCACAGUUUUGGGUUCAGCUGUGGCAAGGGUGAGCCAUGGCUGCUGGCCUUCUGGUCCCUUCUGCAGAGGCUUUGUGGACCCACAUUGCUCAACCACUGACCAAAUGAUUCCAUGCCAUGUUGUUGAAUCCACCUACCUCAAUCAGUCAGCAAUAGUAAUAGACUAUACCAGCUUAGAGGCAAAGUUUCAUAUUGGAGACAUACUAAUGGUAGUAUUAGUGUCAUAUUCUGUUAUGUCCAUAUCAUGUUUACAUGCAGUGUUACGUGAACCUUCCUUAUGAUCUGAGUCAGAUCUUUUGUUUCAUGAGGUCAACAUGCUUGUUAUUCUUCUGAGGCCAUAAGGUUCAAAGUUCAGUCAUGUUUCAAGUUCAAAGUGUAAUUUUAAUAAUUAUGACCAUGAGUUGUAUUUUGGGUGAGUGCCAUGCAACUGACAAGGGCCGGUGCAGCGAACCCAGCCGAAUGCUUCAACUAACUGGCAUCUUUGGUUUGUUUGUGGUAAUGGUGACUUCCUUCCCCGCCCUGGAAACAUGGACCGUGCCCCCGCUCACGUGUUUUGCACAACUGUAUAAGUUCGCCUUUUUUAUGUAUAUUUUUUUCAUAGUUAUUAUUAAUGUUAUUAGUCAUCAUCCCUAACCUGAUCACCAGCAUCUUUGUAGGGCCUAGAAAGAAAUGGUGCCCAUUUUGCAAGGUAAUCUGCUGAGGCUACAAAGCUAAGAAAAAAAUUGUCAGAGGAAAAAAUAACAGUUAACAGAUUUUUAACGUAAAAUGUGAACAUCAAGAAUAAUAGGCGAGAGCUGCUAUUCAAUAAAGUGUCAAUUGAGAUCCUGAAAUCUCCAGUGAGCACAGUAUAGUAUGAAUGUUGGUUGAUUGAUUAGAUUUCAAGGAAUAGUCUUACAAAUUGAUGGUAGGUGGGAAAACAUGUCAAUCAUAGCUUUAGUAUUUUGGCAAGAGGCAAAUGGAAUGUUGGUCUGAUGAAGUGAAAAUAUAUGUCGAGAGUUGUGCAUCUGCUCACCCUGGUUGCAUGUGUCGUUCCACAUCGCUGGUUUAAACUGACCUUCGCCGAAUUUAAGUACAAAUUGACUGAGGAAGUGCACUGCCCUGGGAGGCUAACGCCUAGCUCGUCCCCGGCAGUGUGCCUGUGCACCGGCACCCUCGGUCUGGCCCGCUGAGGCUCCACUCACCCAGACUCUUGGUCCCAUAGGCCACACUAGACUAGAUCUUGUCAUUAAGAACUUUCCAUAAUUAUUACUGUUGCAAAGAUAUUUAUUGAAGUAGCUUCAGUGGCUAUUCUUUUACACUCAAAGCAGUUUAGUGACUUCCUCAUUUCUUAAUAGUCAAGGGGAAGUUUUCUAACACUAGGCUUUGGAAAUUAAUUUUAGGAUACUGUCUGCUUUCUGUAUUAUGCCAUUUUCAUUGUUGUUGAAACUAAUUACAAAGGAAUCCUGAAGCUAGCAUUACCUCCACGUCAGUCUAGUGAGCCACAGCCCCGGGCAGCGUGCGCCCGGCUGGGCCGUGGUUCACAGACCACCAACUGUUCACACACACUGGCCAGGCUGAGUCACUUCCAUGUGCUUGGCUACUCAAGUGUAAUUUGAUUUUGUUGAAAUUAACAUAACUGCAAGGUUGAUGAUGCUUUCUGUGAAAGCAUUAACAUAUCUUUUAAAAGUACAAGUUGUUCCACGUAUCAGCAAUUUGUAAUUAGCUGAGUACUUAAUGUCAUGGAGUGUUUGAGUUGGUAAAUGAACUUAUGUAGAACAUUCACAUGCAUAAUCAUGAUGGUGUCAUUAAUCUGAUGAAAAUAGUUUGUCUGAUAAUUAUUUUCAUAUUCAGACCACAGUAAGCUGAAAUAUGACCAUUUCUGUGUACAUGAUUUUGUUCUGAAAGAGUUGCUGAUGCUCACCUGUUAAGUAACUAUUGUCAAGUAUAAUAUAAGAGUUGCCGAUCAUUAAGAGUAUCGUCGGCCAAGUGUUUUACGCCACAACUCCAGAAACUCCUCUAAGCUGGGCGCCGAUGGGUCUGGCUGCAGGCUGAGGGAUUUGGCUCGUGCAGGUACAAGUCAGGUAAAACCUCCCUUCAUUGUUGCUUUGUUAACACUUCUCACUAUUAUAACUGAUUGUUGUGAUUUUACAGUAUUAGUGUUUUCCGGUUGUUUAUACUCUCGAUGAGCCACGAUGUAGAACUUUUUAUGAGGAGUACUGAGGGCUGUGCAGGCUGGGUGUAGCAGGACAGACAAGGGAAGGUCUGCUAAAACAAUUUUUCAUAAGCUACAAAAGUUCAAAGUUUGCUCUAGUCAUUCAGCAACAGUUAUCAGGCUUUUCACAAAAUGGAAGUAUAAAAAUAAUCGGCACUUGUGCAAAAAAAUAUGUUUUCUUGUGUGAAGGGAUAAUGGGAAAGACCUGUAAUCCAAUCAGUAAAGAAAUUAAUGAGUAAAUGUCUUCUUCUCUGUGUUUGUGCAGCAGAGCAGCCUUGUACUUCAAACUGUUACACCCAGUACCUUGCAGCCAUUAAGUACAUUGUAAGGUUUUAUGCAUGUGCAUUAGCAGUAGCACAUUUGAAAAGUGGUACAGGUAUCUAUAACAGCUAGAGAAAUAUUUAACAAAGUAACCAUCUCUAGUUGGGGCUUAACAAGUGGAACUCAGUUGCUGUAGAACCAAAUGUAUCUUCAAUUAUACUGCAGUCUCUCCAUAUCUAUUUUUCUACAUGUUCAAAGUGUUUUCAUUUUAAAAUAUACUACAUAGCAAUUUAUGCCAUUGAAAUAGUUUUCUUUGUUGAAUACAGUUUAAUCUCUUGAGUGGCGUGAUAGAUACCAUACCUCCGUUGUUGUUGUAUAGCCAUCGUUUUAAGUGCCAAGUCCCUCGCCCGGCCAGACCACCCACCGGCUGGAAUGACAAUCUGUGUCCCACCACCACUGGCAGACAGUUCAGCCAAGGGCCACGGAGGAACUCGCUGCCUCAUAACACAUUUCAUUUCAAGAAAUUGUACUCUUCCUGCAACAGUGCGAGUAUAACACGGCGGUGCUUCCCUCUGCCCUUGGUGGCCGUCUUCCUCGUGUCCAUAGACCAAAGUUCUUUACACUUGUACAGUCAGUUUGCAUUGCCAAGUUUUCUUUUCUUCAUUCUUUGGAUGUCAUGUUUGACUUUUUAAUGUUGAGAAAAUUCUGUACAGUAUUUCAAUGAAUGUAUGUCACAAACAAAUUUUGCAUAAUUAGGCUUAGGGUAAAACAGAACUUUGAUGGUAAAUGCAUUCAUAUUUGCAUAUUUUUUUCCCUAAAUGAAAGCUCAAAAUAUUUCAGCAUUCUAAAAUGACAAAAUAUUGCAUUUCAUUAAUAGUUUGUAUGUUUUACCUUUGUUUUAGGCUUUGGUAAGUGUUGGCACUGCUGCCCACGGCGGCGGCGCCAAGAGGUAGUUGUCUCUCGUAGACACGGUAGAAGUUUCUGUAGAUGUGUCUCAACCUUUUUGUAAUUUCAUUAUUUUGGUAUUGUGAAUUUUUUUAUUAUGCAUUUGCUCUUAAUAAAAAAAAUGGUUGACAAA